CACUUUGUUUUAUGGAAUAAGGUAGCUCCAGACCGUGACUCCAAUCUCGAACACAUUUUGUAGUAGAUUGUAGUAGAUAAGUAAUUUAACCCCUCAGUUUAACCCUUUCGCUAUGUUUCGUGUUCUGUUGACAUUUGUCAAAUUUUAGGUUAUAUUUUCAAAGUACUCAGGACUAAUUGUUUUGUAUAAGAUUUUCAUGAUUUUCGUAAAUAGGUAUCUAGUUUAAUUUAUAAAAUGCCAUUACAUAAUAAUAUGAAGUGUGUUAGAAACAUACUGAAAUACAAUGGAAUAUUAAAACAACUUAAACACGGUCGUAUUACAUCAAACUCGCGUUAUUUUUCUAAUGCCAAUGAAACCACCGAUUCUGUAAAUCCUCCAGAAGACACGACUAACAAGAUAGGAGGAUUCGCCAAAGCUUUUGAAAAACAAUCCCAAAUUAUAGAGACACCGGAGAGUGAAGAAAAAUACACAUUUGCAUCACUUUUGAGGAACUCUAACCUGAUGGAUCUCGGAGAUCCAGUAGGCAAGGUGGUGAUAGGCAAAAUAUUUCACGUUGUUGAAGAUGACUUGUACAUAGACUUUGGAUGGAAGUUCCACUGUGUUUGCACCAGGCCUGAGAACCGUGGUGACGAAUAUGUCAGAGGAGCAAGAGUGAGAGUUCAAAUCAAUGAUCUAGAACUUUCCUCACGGUUUCUAGGAUCAAGCACAGAUUUAACAUUACUGGAAGCUGAUUGUAAACUCCUCAGUCUAGUCUCAACACCGAACCGCUCUACGGUUAGUGCUACUUAGUUUGUUUUACUGUAUUUCAAACAAUAAAUUUAAUUUAGAACUAGUUA